AUGAUUUCGACAAAGGUGCGAUUGACAGAACUCAUUAAUCAAUCUCCUCAAUACAGGAUUGACCAGUCACGCGUACCUAUAUACUUCGUUGCCAACAAAAAAGGUUGGAGCUAUUGUGCCACUCGCUUACUCAAGGCGCAAAUAUUAGGUCUCGACACGGAAACACGCCCAAUCAGGAGCAAAAACCAGCGCCGCAAUCCAUGUGCAUUAUUGCAGAUCGCAGUGCGUGAUGCCAGCGAAAAGGAGGAGGUUUUCAUCCUUGACCUGUUGCACCUGUCCGUCAGCACUUACAAUACCACUCUCACUAGUGUUUUUCUUUCAAAAAAAAUUGUUAAAUUGGGUCAAAGUUUUUUUCAAGACCUGCAAGAGCUGGCCCAGUCAUAUCCAUCUGCAACCUGUUUCACAGUUUGCAAGAGCGUCGUGGAGGUAAAUGACUUGUCCAUUUCUCUGGCUGGGGCGCACAAUCCGCUGAGUUUACAAAAGUUGGUUUUCGUCUACUUAAAUCGGAAGCUCGCCAAAAAGCAGCAAAUGUCCAAUUGGGCGAGAAGACCACUCACACAGAGUCAGCUGCAUUAUGCCGCAGCAGAUGCACUAGUAUUAAUUCAUUUGCAUGACGAGCUGUUGCUGCGCAUUCGAAAGCAAAGGGCAGCCAAAAGGUUCCGAUUAAGAGACGUGGCAAACAUAUUGGAUGUGAACCUUCCACGGACUUUAAAGUGCUCCUUGUGCUUCGAUGGUUUUAAGACAGCGGAUGAACUGAAAAGGCAUCGCCAGCUUUGUAUUUUGGACAUACGCACGCUUCUGAUUUGUAAAGUAUGCGGUAUUACGAAGCUAUGGACUCAAGAAGCCAUGGCGGAUCACUUGAAACGAUGUGGUGAAGAUGCUAGCGUUGACAGUACAGUUAUGCAGUCAAAUCCACACCACUUACUCUCCGUGGACAGCUUGAAGGACCUCCAGCCUCAAAAUUGCCGUUUCAAUUCAGCAAAGUCAGUUCAGUCAAAAAAGUGUUUUGAGUACGCUAAAAAGAACGUCGAACCAAAUAAAUCAGAGAAAAUAGGAGCGAAGAAAAAAAGGAGUAAGCGAAAAGCACCAGCUACUGAUGCUUCGUCAUUAAAGAUUGAGACGACACAUGGAACGCUAGAGAACAAGAAGCGCAAGUUAAGUAUGGAGUCAUCACUGUUGGCUUCCGACUCCAUGUGGUUGCAGAUAUCGAGUGAUUGCAACUCGUUCAUUACUGCGGCGUAG